UCAUAACUUAACCAAAGCCAUGUGCACCCUAAUAUUCCCCCUUCUAUAAAAUCCCAAACCCCCAACCUUCCACUCCCACAGCACAAUCCAAACCCAAAAAUCAUAUCUUCCACUCCACAACCUCAAACUUCUCUCUCUCUCUCUUCCUAUUCUAAAAAUCCCACAAACCCCUUUCUCUAUUCCAUCUAAAGAUUCAUUCUUUCUGCAAUUUCGAUACACGGGUCUUCAUUAAUUCACUAAGAUUCUGCGUAAAUAAUCGUUUUCACUGAAUUUUCUGUUCCGAUGGAGCUAAUUUCAGGAUUACCGGAGGACGUAGCCCGAGACUGUUUAAUUCGGGUUUCGUAUCAGCAGUUCCCAACGGUGGCGUCGGUGUGCAAACUCUGGAAAUCGGAGAUUCACGCGCCGGAGUUCCGCCGUCAACGGCGUAGCACAAAGCACGCCCAGAAGCUCAUAGCGAUGGUUCAAGCACGCGUCGAACUGGGAACCGGUUCGACCAAGCGACUGACGAACCCGGUUUACCGGCUCAGCGUGUUCGAACCGGAAACGGGUAACUGGAGUGAGAUUCCACCUCCGCCAGAAUUUUAUUCGGGGUUACCCAUGUUCUGUCAGUUAGUGAGUGUCGGGUACGAUCUGGUUGUGUUGGGUGGGUUGGACCCGAAUUCGUGGGAAGCAUCGAAUUCGGUGUUUGUUUAUAAUUUCUUGUCGGCGAAGUGGCGCCGCGGGGCGGACAUGCCGGGUGGGCCUCGCACAUUCUUCGCGUGCGCGUCGGAUUCCGAGGAGACAGUUUUUGUUGCCGGCGGACACGACAACGAGAAGAACGCGCUGCGGUCAGCGUUGGCCUAUGAUGUUACCUCGGACCUGUGGGUCAUGCUUCCGGACAUGGAGGCGGAGCGCGACGAGUGCAAGGGCGUUUUCUGCCGCGGGAGGUUCGUCGCUGUUGGGGGUUACCCGACGGAGACGCAGGGAAGGUUCGUGAAGAGUGCGGAGGCGUUCGAUCCCGCCACGCGGAGUUGGAGCGAAGUGAAGGAGGACUUCUUGGAUUGCGCCACGUGUCCGAGGACCUUCGUGGACGGUGGCGAUGACGAGGGGGUGUUCUUGUGCAGCGGCGGGGACCUGAUGGCCCUCCGUGGGGACACGUGGCAGAUGAUGGCGACCCUGCCGGGGGAGAUACGCAACGUGGCGUACGUUGGGGCGUUUGAUGGGACGCUGGUGUUGAUUGGAUCGAGCGGCUACGGUGAAGUCCACGUGUCUUUUGCGUUCGAUGUGAAGAGUUGCUGUUGGAGGAAACUGGAGAGCCCAGAAGGGUUCAGGGGCCAUGUCCAAACCGGUUGUGUUUUGGAGAUUUAAGAAAUUGGCUUUUUGAUUUUUCCAUAUAAACAUGAUACAGUUACAUAAGCAUAGAGUAUAUAGUCUUUGUUUUGUAAAUUAGCCCUUUUCUUACACAUUAGAGUUUAAUUGAUGAAAAUAUCCUGAGUGAAAAAUAUUUUUGCCUCAUUCUGUAUAAUAGUAUAAGGUGAAGAUUGGAUAAUUUUUCUUCCCUUAAUAUUUUGGUAUGUUUUUGAAAUUCAUUUCUACUAGAUUCUCCCUUUCCUGUAUAGCAAACGUGAAAAGAUAGGAUUGAGUCUGUUUUUUUCUUACAUAAUUGAUGUGGUGUUAUUCA